AUGUUCGAGGGCUCCGUGCCCCAAGCCUUUCCCCAGAGUCUGUCGCCGACAGAUAGUGCCAACAUGCGAGGGGCAGGACGCUCACACACCCCUCCAGCUAGGACCACAGCCACAUUACCACCGCCUUCAGGAACCCCAUCAACCCCGCACAAGAAUCUGUUCUCCUACUCCGGCCAGCCAACUCCGUCAAGGACGCCCUCAAGUCGACAUGGUAUUCUCAACCUCAACGCUCGUUCAGAUCUCUACAGUCUAUCACCAAUCAAGUACAGCAGUCAACGCAUGCUUCUUAGUCCACAACGUCAAGCCCGCGCCGUCUCCAAGGUACCAUACAAGGUUCUGGAUGCACCGGAUCUUGCAGAUGACUUCUACCUCAACCUCGUGGACUGGGGCAGCCAAAAUACCCUGGGAGUAGGACUUGGAUCAUGUGUCUACAUGUGGAACUCGAGUAGUGGUCGCGUCACCAAGCUCUGUGAACUUGGCGAUGAUUCGGUUACAAGUGUCAACUGGAUACAGCGCGGCUCUCACAUUGCAGUCGGAACCAACCGAGGCCAAGUACAGAUCUGGGAUGCGCAGACUCAGCGCCGUCUUCGCACCAUGACAGGUCACACAGCUAGGGUCGGCGCCCUUGCAUGGAACGAACACAUCCUCACCUCAGGCUCACGAGACCGUACAAUCUACCACCGAGACGUGCGUCAGCCAGAGCAAUGGUUGCGCAAGCUUGUUGGUCAUAAGCAAGAAGUCUGCGGCCUCAAGUGGAAUCAGGAAGAUCAACAACUCGCAUCCGGAGGCAACGACAACAAGCUCAUGGUCUGGGACAAGCUCAACGCCGAGCCUACCUUUAAGUGGAGUGAGCAUCAAGCCGCCGUUAAGGCCAUUGCUUGGAGCCCACAUCAGCGUGGUCUUCUCGCUAGCGGCGGUGGUACAGCAGACCGGACUAUCAAGUUCUGGAAUACCCUCGUCAGCUCCAGCGGCCCGUCAGCUUCAGCACUCGCCUCCGCAUCGGCGGCCGCGUCAGCUGCAACCACUGCCAACGUACCUCUAUCGCCUACAGCACCAGCAAACCUCAUCAACAGUCUUGAUACUGGUAGCCAAGUUUGCAACCUAGCAUGGUCAAAGAACAGCAACGAGAUCGUAUCCACGCACGGUUACAGUCAGAACCAGAUCAUCGUCUGGAAGUACCCGAGCAUGCAGCAAGUCGUCUCGUUAACGGGCCACACCUACCGUGUACUCUACUUGGCCAUGAGCCCGGAUGGUCAGGUCAUCGUCACCGGUGCUGGUGAUGAGACGCUUCGCUUCUGGAAUGCGUUCAAGAAGAAGGAGCGCACUGGAGGUCUUAGCAGCAUGGAUAGUUGGGGCGUCAUUCGCUGA